AUGGCUUCUACCCGAACUCUCCCUGCCAAGCGCAACCCGCUGCUGAUAGAGGACAUCCCCGAAUACUCUGAUCUCGUCUCCCGUCGUCGUCUUGGACAGACCAAGCUCACCCCCAAGAUGACUGGCAAUGAUGAUGGCGAUGCUACCGCCCUAGUAGGCGUUUUCGACUACGCUCACCUUCGUGCCCCUAUGCAAAAGGGAAUCGUUUCGGGCAUCUUCAAGUCGAGCCCCAAUAGCUACUUCCUUAUGCGCCGUAGCUUCGAUGGUUACGUGUCCGCCACCGGCAUGUUCAAGGCUACCUUCCCCUAUGCCGAUGCAGCCGACGAGGAGGCUGAGCGCAAGUAUAUCAAGUCCUUGCCGACCACUAGCCCUGAGGAGACUGCUGGUAACAUCUGGAUCCCUCCACAACAGGCUCUGGCCCUCGCCGAGGAGUACCAGAUUGCUUCCUGGAUCCGUGCCCUGCUCGACCCCGCCAAGAUCACCAUCUCUCCGAGCAACGAAUCUUCAUCCUCGCCCGUCCGCAAGAUCUCGGCCCCGCCUAAAUUUGACCUAAGCAAGGUCGCCCAACCUUUACUUACCCCUGCCGCUUCCGCCACUGGCACUGCCUCUAGACGCUCGCAACGCUCUGUCAGCCCCGCCAAGUCCAGCAGCAGAAAGGCCCCUGCCUCUCCUCGCAAGCGAAGCUCCAAGGCUGCCAAGGCCGCCGCCGACAAGGAAGCUGGGGCUGUCGUGAAUGGUGACUCCGAAUCUAGCGUUCCCAGGGUCACCGAAUUCGAGCCUACCGUCGUUCUACAACCCGUCCAACCUUACGACGACGACGAUGACGACGGUAUAGUCCGCAUUGUCGAGGAGCCCGUCAAAGUCGCCAGGGGUAGUGACAAGAAGCAGACAGUCACCGAAGUUGAGGUGCCUCUACUCACGGCCGGCCAGCCGCCUAGCGCCGAGGAGAUUGCCGCCAUGGUGGCCACGGCCAAGGAGCAGGUCGAGUCCGCCAAGGAGGCCGACAAGACUGCCGCCGCAAAGUCAGGCGCCAAACCCGAGGCCAAGAAGGGCAAGCGCAAGGCCAGCGAUAUUACCCCCGCCGAAGAGGGCGCCGAUAAGAAGGACGUUGCCGAACCGAAAGAAUCGCAACCGCGCUCAAAGAGGGCCAAGACUGACGCCGAGGUGCGCAAGGACAGAGUUAGAAACAGAGCCUUUAUUGGAAUUGGAGCUACUGUCGCUGUUGGCGCUCUGGUGCCUUGGCUUGUCAACUUUUUGUAA